UUGUCAUAAGAAGUGAAACAAUAUCGCUGUCGCCUGUCGGUACAGUAAAGAUGUUCUCCGUCCCCUUAUUUGUGUUGCUCAAGUAGUGUUGCCAGAUUGAGCCUGAUUUUCCGAUCAAUCUGGCAACACUGGCUGAAGCGCGCUGCAGCCAGUGUUGCCAUAUUGGGACCGAUUUCUCGCCCAAUCUGGCAACAUUGUGCUAAAGUCUAUUCCUGUGCAUUGCAGAGCGGCUUUACCGUUAACUGGUCUGGAGUAAGAUGAUCAGGGCCGAGAAGAUACCGCAGCAUCCUCCUUUGUUUUCAGUUCCAGGGUACCAAGGUUGUUUGGCCAACUGAGGGGAUGGCGGUGACCUAACAUUCAUCGCUCCGACCACGCUUCUCAUCUUCUUUCAUGUUUCCCCCACUUGCAUGUAAUUAUUUAAGCUAUCGCUUUCCGGCUUUCUCAAGUUUUUACUACUCAUGCAUGCCCCCUCUUUCUGUUGUUCUUGGGGAGAGUAAAUUCAUAAAAGCUGUGGAUUUUUGGCAAGCGUUUUUGGUGUCAGAGUUGAGGUUUAUUACCCAGACACAGCCAACCUGAGGCCAGUAGUAGAGCCAGCGAUAGGGACCACCCCCGGGGAUCGCCGCCAUGCAGAGCCCAGCAGGGGUCUGUUACCUUUAGGCCCCCCUCCAUCUCUCGCCAUCUCUCCCCUUCACUGUUCUCCCCCACAACACCCCGCCCACCUUGUGUCUUGAUGUUGGGCGGGUCCCCUGGUACCCUCACCCUCUGUUGGCCCCCCCGCACCUGCUGCCACUACGGCCACCUCCCGCAGCCACGUUGUCGCCAUGCAGACGGAGGCGCUGGCUCCAGCCCUGGCAGAUAGCAAGGCCCCCGGGCCCCCGCCCUUCAGCUCCGCGGUGCCCCUCCGGAUCCUCAACAAAGGCCCUGACUACUUCCGGAGACAGGUCGAGCCGAACCCAAAGCGCCUGAGUGCAGUGGAGAGACUGGAAGCUGACAAGGCUAAGUAUGUGAAGAGUCAUGAAGUCAUCAAUGCCAAGCAGGAGCCAAUCAAACCGCCCAUUCUGGCCAAGCCCCUCAUUUGCCCCGCACAGCUUGGCAAAAGAGGCUCUGUGGGAGGAGUUGGGAAUGGAGGCGGGAUGACAUUCAAAGCCUCUAAUAACAACGCCAAGGCGGACUCCUGUGCCACUUCUAGCGGGGAAAUCUGCAAGCGGGAGAACCUGAACCUGGAGAUGCUGAAGAACCUCCUGAACUCCUCCUCCUCCCCGGGGGCCGGAUCUGAGGGUCCAGGGGGAGGGGCCAAAAGUGCUGUGAUGCUGAGGUCAUCAGGAGGAGCCAGGAGCUAUAAUCCAUCCAGGAUGCCAUUGACAUACCGGUCCACCAUGACCCUCAAUGAGCAUCCACUGGAAACAGUGCCCAGCCCCAGCACCUCUCACUCCCUCCGCUCCUUCUCCCACUCCCUUAAAGUCCCUCCAGGCCAUAGCAGUGGGCGUCGCAGCCCUCAGCAGGGAGGGAACCUCAACCUCAGCAGACAGGUUCUGGACGAGAGAGGCAUAGGAGGAGGACGGCACUCCGAGCGCUCCCACUCUCCGCUGCCUCCCCUGCUGACCUCCCACUCGUCCUCAGACCUCCUGCGGCUGUGCAACGGCAAGCCGCUCCGCACCGCCCGCUCCGGCAGCUCCUCCGCACCUCCCCUUCCCCCCAAGCCCCACCCCGCCUCGUUGCCGCCUCCUGCGUUGUCUCUUUCUCUGCCCUCCUACCGGCAGAGCCAGUCCCCCGCCCCCUGUGACGCGGCGACACCCCCUCUGUCCCUGACUUGCGAGCGAGGCGACCCCUCCAACGCGUCCAGCGACCCAAACCUGGAGCUGGGCUGCUCAGUGGCCCGCCGCCCGACGCUGCACCGCUCCAAGUCGGACCUGUCGGACCGCUACGCCCGGGCCGGCGCCGACGUGGAGCGCUUCUUCAACUACUGCGGGCUGGACCCCGAGGAGCUGGAGGCCGGCGGGCCGGAGAGCUUCACCAGGGCCAACUCCGACAUCGUCAGCCUCAACUUCCGCUCGGCCUCCAUGAUCUCGUCGGACUGCGAGCGGCGGUCAUCCCACGAGGGGCUGUCGGACGCAGAGGAGGGCGAGGCGGAGGAGGAGGAGGCGGGGGAGCGAGUGCCUUACGGGAUCUCGGCUGUGGAGCGCAACGCCAGGGUCAUCAAGUGGCUUUACAGCAUCAAACAGGCACGAGAGACGCAGAAGGUCUCUCAUGUCUGAGAAGGGGAACACGAAGCAGACUGUUUUCUUUGUGCUGAAGAACAAGUCAUGGGAGGAGAGUCAGAGACCUGGGAGUGGCCGCCAGUUGAAUUGAGGCUAAUGGCAACAUUGAGAAAUGUGCAUCAAAGCAGUUGGUCCAUGUUCUUUGUGUGGAUGUGAAUAAAAGCAUCUGUGCAGACAGUACAUGUACAGACAGACAGCAUAUAUAGAGCUUGACAGACCACAGUACUACCAAACCAUGAAAUAAAAGGGGAAGCAUGAGAAGUAGAUAUAAACUAGCAGAAUGACAGCUUGGUUACAUACACAGAUCCACUAAAGAACGCACUCAUUUGUAUUACAAUGGACGUUUCUUGAUGGACACAAAAUCUGCCGUGCACAAAGGC